AUGUCCACCGGCAAUUUCCACGCGUCAUACUGUGAGGACUUCCAAUGCCAACUCUAUGCCAGCCCGGCCGAGGGCCUGGCACGCUCACCCGCUAUCUCACACUUGAAGGGCAGUGUGUGAGUGGCACAGUGGUAGCAGAGACUGGAUCAAAGUCAGAGAGAGUCAGUGCCCUCCAUCUAGAAGAGAGGAAGCCAUUUCAGUACAUAAACUGACUGUUGUGGUCACCUUUUUUCUGGGUAGUCUAAUCAUUUGGAUAUUUGAAAUAGAUAAGAUGUAAGACUGUCAACUUCUUUUGCAUAUUUGUAUUCAACAGUAUACAUCCAUAUAGAGUGUAUGAUAGCAUGCAGUUAAGACAUAAAAGCACUACAAAGCAACAAACAUGAGAGUUAUAGCAUACUGUAUGUAGGCUACUGACCUUUUUUGUCAAAGGCAGUGGACUCUCAGUGUUGAUUAAUAUGCAUCUUCUGCUUUAGGAACCGGUUUUCCAUCAUGUAGAAUUGUGCUUGUGUCCCUAGUUUUUUAACUCAAGGGGAAAUAUUCCUCUUGCUCAUCUUUGUUCUCCUUUACCCUUGCUGAGCCAUAAUGUUCGAUACCUUUGUUAGGCUGCACAGUGUAGGGGACUAUCUAUCAUCGUCAAGAUAUGGAUGUUUGCCACUUUAUAAUUGCAAAGCUGUGUCCUCCGCCAGGACUAUUGACUAAAAUAUCUUAAGAAUCAUUACACCCACCCACUCUUAUACACUCAGAAAUACACACAUGCAUGCAUGGUACACACACAUUAAACACAAACACACAUGAUGGAAUACACAUCAAUAAUCUUUAUACACAUCUGAUGGAAUGUUCUGCCCCAACGAGUUGGCUGAUGUCCCUUUUUUUCUCUUGUGUUUUUCAGCUUAUGGGGACGAGGAGGAAUUUAAGGCUGAUGACAAGAUCGAUGAGGAGCACCUGCAGGACGAUGGCCUCUCCUUAGAUGGCCAUGACGGCGAGUACCUCUGCAACGAGGAUGACGAUGGCGGGGACCGAUUCAGCUUCCAGAACUCCCCGCUCAGCAAUGGGACCAACCCGGACGCCGGCUACGCCUCUCCGCUCAGCGAUACCAGCGACCAGCUUAUCGACUUCCAGAGCACUCCCUCCAAGGACGGACUUGACAAGGAGGAGGAAGAGGUAAUCAGAGGAGAAGUAGAACACCUGAAGGUCCCCAACGGCCUGUCUCUGCAGGACAGCCUGGCACAGAUGAAAGCUGUCUAUGCAAACCUGAUCUCGGACGCCUCUUGGUCCAGCAUCACCAUGGACAUGCUGAGAAGUAACAGCAACAAGGUCAGCAGUGUGAUCAGCAACAGCAAUGGAAGCAGCCACAAGGGGAGCAACGUUAACCCUAACAGUCAUGCUAACAGCCUUGUGAACAAUAAUAACCACACCAACAGCAACAGCAGCAGUGGCACCUCUGCCCCUACCAACACUACCGGCAACACUACCGCUACAAGCACCGCUAAUACUUUCAACAAUGGCACUGGCGUCAGCACUGGCAGCACCGGUGGAGUGGCCUACGACUGGCACCAAGCAGCUUUGGCCAAAACCCUGCAACAUACACCAUACAACCUCCUCCCCGAGCCGAGCCUCUUCAGCACUGUGCAGCUCUACCGGCAGAACAACAAGCUCUAUGGACCGGUAUUCACCGGUGCCAGCAAGUUUCGGUGCAAGGAUUGCAGCGGAGCCUAUGACACACUGGUGGGGCUCACGGUGCACAUGAGCGAGUCAGGCCACUACCGUGACGACAACAAGGAUAAGGAGGAGGAGCGGGGAAAGAGGUGGUCUAAGCCCCGUAAGCGCUCCCUCAUGGAGAUGGAAGGAAAGGAGGAUGCUCAAAAGGUGCUCAAGUGCAUGUACUGCGGCCACUCCUUUGAAUCCCUGCAGGACCUGAGCGUCCACAUGAUCAAAACGAAACACUACCAGAAAGUGCCUCUCAAAGAACCCAUGCCAGCCCUCGUCUCAAAGCUGGUGCCCCCUACCAGAAAAAGAGCAUUUCAGGACUUGGUGUCCCCGUGCUCACCAGAGUCUGUCCACAACACACCUGGUGUACACCUGGGAGAGACCUCAAAAGACCAGAAAGUGGUUAACCCCUAUGUCACAGCAAAUAACCGAUAUGGCUACCAAAAUGGCGCCAGUUACACCUGGCAGUUUGAGGCGCGUAAGGCCCAGAUCCUCAAAUGCAUGGAGUGCGGGAGUUCCCACGACACCCUGCAACAACUGACAGCCCACAUGAUGGUCACAGGACACUUUCUGAAAGUGACCAACUCUGCAUCCAAAAAGGGGAAGCAGUUGAUGUUUGACCCCGUGGUUGAGGAAAAUAUACAGUCCAUUCCUCUCCCUCCGACCUCUACACGACUCCCGGUGCCCAAUGUGAAGUCCCAGCCUGAUUCUCCUCCCCUGCACUCCUCCCCCACUGAAGAGAAAAGGGAGAAACAUGAGGAGAACAUGGAUAUGCGUGAACCAGAGAAGAAGAUCAAAGAGGAGAAAGAGGAUCUGACUGAGAAAUGUGAGAAAGCUGGCAAGGCUGGACAUUACAAGUAUCUCACAGAGGAAGACCUGGAGGAAACUCCCAAAGGAGGUCUGGAUAUCCUGAAGUCCUUAGAGUUCACAGUGUCAAGUGCCAUCAGCAAGGCCCAGACUGGGACGCCCACCUGGGGUGGUGCUGGCUACCCUAGCAUCCACGCUGCCUACCAGCUCCAGGGGCCUCUGAAGUCCUCCAUGCAGAGUGUCCAGGUGGUUCAACCCUUGUUCAGCACUAGCAGCUUGAAGAUGAUGUCCUCUGACUCCAACAAUCUGAUCCACUCUCCGAGCAGCCCUUCCCCACCUCCAAGCCACAAGAACAAUGUGUUGGCCAUGGAAGAGCUGGUGGAAAAAGUCACAGGGAAGGUCACUGUGAAGAAGGAGAAGGAGGAAAAGACCUUAGAAAAUAAAUGCAAAGUGAGGUCUGCCAAGUCUCCCUCCCCACUGUCCAAGGAGAGGAAGGGGUCACCCAAGGCAGAUAGCCUCAACAAGCCAGUGAAAAACAUUGCUGUAGAGGAUCAGAGCGAGCCUAGAAGCAGAGAGGGAGAGGCAAAAGACACCAAAGCAGAUCCGCCAACGAAGAAUGGAACAGACCUGCCAAAAACGGCAGUCGGCAACGGCUGUAACAGCUUGGGAAUCAUCACUGAUCACUCACCUGAGCAGCCUUUUGUCAACCCCCUCAGUGCGUUGCAGUCCAUCAUGAACAAUCACUUGGGAAAGGCCUCAAAGACGGCCACCCUCUAUUUAGACCCUCUGGCGAAGCUGUACAAGAUCAGUAACAACAUGCUGGAGAAGCCCAUGAACAACUCCACUCAGGUCAAACAAGUUCAGUCAAUCAAUCGAUUCUAUGACAACAACGACCAGCCCAUGGACUUGACAAAAUCCAAAAACACUAACGGACUAACUGCUAACAGCACCUCCACUACGCUAAACAGCACUACCAACUGUACUACCAGUAACAGCAACAGACCCAUCCUCUCAAGCUUGUCUGAAACUCUCUCGUCCCAAAAUGCUUUGAUGGACAUCUCCGACAUGGUCAAGAACCUGACUGGCCGUCAGACACCCAAAUCCUCCACCCCGUCCUCCAUCUCGGAGAAAUCUGACGCGGACAACAGCGCCUUUGAGGAUGGCUUGGAGGAGCUCUCUGCAGUCCAGAAAAGGAAAGGGCGGCAGUCCAACUGGAAUCCUCAGCACCUCCUUAUCCUUCAGGCCCAGUUUACCUCCUGUCUCCGGGAGACGUCUGACGGCAAGUUCGUCAUGACUGACCUAGGCCCCCAGGAGCGGGUCCACAUCUGCAAGUUCACCGGUCUCUCCUUGACCACUAUCUCCCAUUGGCUGGCCAACGUCAAGUACCAGCUGAGGAGGACAGGUGGGACAAAAUUCCUGAAGAACAUUGACUCGGGCCAGCCCCUGUUUCUGUGCAGUGACUGUGCCUCUCAGUUUAGGACUCCUUCUUCUUACAUAAAUCAUUUGGAGUCCCACUUAGGCUUUAGCAUGAAGGACCUCUCCAAGCUUUCCAUAGAUCACAUUAGGGAGCAGCAGGCAGUUACCAGAAUGAUAACGGACAAGACUUUCAGUUCCCUGGGACUUACUGAGGAAGACUCAGGCUCUGUAUUUCAGUGCACGCUGUGCAAUCGGACCUUUGUCAGCAAGCAUGCGGUCAAGCUUCACCUUAGCAAAACACAUGGCAAGUCGCCGGAAGACCACCUGAUCUUUGUCACUGAACUAGAAAAGUUUGAUAAAGCCUAA